AUGUUACAAGUGACUAUCAGUGGCAAGAACUACAUCGUGGAUGCUGGGUUUGGACGCUCCUAUCAGAUGUGGCAGCCUCUGGAGCUAAUUUCUGGAAAGGAUCAGCCUCAGAUACCUGGCAUUUUCCGUUUGAGAGAGGAGGGAAGAAUCUGGUACCUAGACCAAAUGAGAAGAGAACAGUAUAUCCCAAACCAAGAGUUUCUUAAUUCUGAUCUCCUGGAAAAGAAUAAAUAUCGAAAACUAUACUCUUUUACACUUGAGCCUAAAACAAUUGAAGAUUUUGAGUCUGUGAAUAUAUAUCAUCAGACAUCUCCGGAAUCUUUGUUCACAAACAAAUCUUUUUGUUCCUUGCAGACAAGAGAUGGGGCUCACUGUUUAAUGGGCUUCACUCUCACUUCUCGAAGAUUCAAUUAUAAGGACAACAUAGAUCUAUUAGAGUUUAAGAUCCUAAAUGAGAAUGAAGUAGAAGAAGUGCUGAAGAAUCUAUUUAGAGUGUCCCUGGAAAAAAAAGUUGUGCCUAAAAAUAGUGACCAUUCUUUUACUAUUUAG